AUGGCCCGAGAAGGCAGCCCUAAGCGCUGGAAGCUGGACUCAGACCGCUUGACUCCAACUUCGUCCAAUCCCAACCAGCCAUCCAGACACCUUUACGCCCCACGAAGUCGACUCCAAACUAACCGAGAUGACAAGCUUGCCAACACCAGUCGUGCGUCCACUCCCCGCGGCAUACGCAAUGGAGAUUCUACCCCCCACCAGGAGGCGUUUCAAAGCCCAGAAUCACUUGUCGAUAUCGAAGACACUCUCGCACUAGAUCGGGACUGGUACACAGGUGAUGAAUUAGGACAUACCUUCGGUGACGAGACUCAUAACCCCUUCGGCGGCGCGGACAGCACAUGGGCAGAUCAACAGCGCGAAGCAGCACUGUCCGAGAGGAAGAAUAACAAGCGCAUUAGUGCCCGCGCAGCGCAGAAGCAGAAGGAUGUCGACGCAUGGGAGACGAAUCGCAUGUUGACCUCUGGCGUGGCGCAGAGGAGAGAAUACGAUGCCGACUUUGACGACGAUGAAGAAUCCACUCGUGUUCAUUUGCUCGUGCAUGAUUUGCGCCCACCGUUUCUAGACGGCCGGACGGUUUUUACAAAGCAGCUGGAGCCUGUCUCUGCUGUGCGGGAUCCACAGAGUGAUAUGGCAGUAUUCAGCCGGAAGGGAAGUAAGGUUGUGCGCGAGAAGAGAGCGCAGAAGGAACGACAGAAGCAGGCACAGGAUGCUACUAAUAUGGCUGGAACGGCACUAGGGAAUCUCAUGGGCAUUAAGGAGGAUGAUGGAGAUAGUGCAGCAGCGAUCCCUGCGGAGGAGGACGGCCAACAUAAGGGUAGUAAAUUUGCGGAGCAUUUGAAGAAGAGUGAAGGAGCCAGUGCUUUUAGCAAGAGCAAAUCACUUAAGGAACAGCGGGAGUAUCUGCCAGCUUUUGCGGUCAGAGAGGAGCUUUUAAGGGUUAUCAGGGAUAACCAGGUAGUAAUCGUCGUUGGGCAAACUGGUUCAGGAAAAACCACCCAAUUAACGCAAUUUCUUUACGAGGAUGGAUAUGCGAAACUUGGAAUGAUUGGCUGUACGCAACCAAGACGUGUCGCUGCGAUGAGUGUCGCGAAGCGUGUCAGUGAGGAGAUGGAGGUUAAGUUGGGAGGUCUUGUUGGAUAUGCCAUUCGUUUUGAGGAUUGCACCAGCAAUGAAACAGCUAUCAAAUAUAUGACCGACGGCGUGCUGUUAAGAGAGUCUCUGGUUCAACCAGACCUUGACAAAUAUUCUUGUAUUAUCAUGGAUGAAGCCCAUGAGCGGGCCUUGAAUACGGACGUCUUGAUGGGUCUCAUUAAAAAAGUUCUUGCGCGUAGACGGGACUUGAAGCUCAUUGUCACUUCAGCCACCAUGAACGCAGAACGAUUCUCGAAAUUCUACGGCGGAGCUCCAGAGUUCUUCAUUCCUGGACGGACGUUUCCUGUAGAUAUUCAAUACUCGCGAUCACCCUGUGAAGACUAUGUCGACAGUGCAGUGAAACAAGUUUUGGCUAUCCAUGUUUCGCAAGGACCUGGGGAUAUUCUUGUUUUCAUGACCGGGCAAGAGGAUAUUGAGGUGACUUGUGAAAUGAUAGCAGAGCGAUUAGCCCUCCUAAAUGACCCUCCGAAGAUUAGCAUUCUGCCAAUAUACAGUCAGAUGCCGGCUGACCUGCAAGCAAAAAUUUUCGACAGGGCCCCGCCCGGGGUUAGGAAGGUGAUUGUUGCCACCAACAUUGCGGAAACUAGUUUAACUGUCGAUGGAAUCAUGUAUGUGGUGGAUGCUGGUUUUUCUAAAUUAAAGGUUUAUAAUCCACGAAUGGGAAUGGACACCCUCCAAAUCACACCCAUCUCGCAAGCGAACGCGUCGCAGCGUGCUGGUCGUGCUGGACGAACUGGACCGGGCAAGGCCUAUCACUUGUUCACAGAACUUGCGUUUAAAAACGAAUUAUACAUCCAGACUAUCCCUGAAAUCCAGCGAACAAACCUGUCCAACACAGUGCUUUUGUUGAAAUCCUUAGGGGUCAAGGAUCUGCUCGAUUUCGACUUUAUGGACCCACCGCCACAGGACACCAUUACUACGUCGCUCUUUGAUCUCUGGGCACUGGGCGCCAUUGAUAAUCUUGGAGACUUGACACCAAUGGGUCGCCGCAUGAGUGCUUUUCCAAUGGACCCAUCUCUCGCGAAGCUUCUCAUCAGUGCGUCUGAAGGAUAUGACUGUAGUGAGGAGAUGCUAACGAUUGUUUCAAUGCUCUCCGUACCUGGUGUAUUCUACCGGCCCAAAGAGCGCCAGGAAGAAUCAGAUGCUGCCCGAGAGAAAUUUUUCGUACCUGAAUCCGACCAUCUGACUCUGCUCCAUGUAUACACACAGUGGAAAUCGAACGGUUACUCGGAUGCAUGGUGCAUAAAACAUUUUCUGCAUUCCAAAGCCCUACGUCGAGCCAAGGAAAUCCGUGAGCAGCUUUACGAUAUCAUGGCGAUGCAGAAAAUGACCCUAACUAGCUGCGGAACUGACUGGGACGUUAUACGAAAGUGUAUAUGUUCUGGCUACUACCACCAGGCUGCCAGGGUCAAAGGGAUUGGCGAGUAUAUUAAUCUCCGCACUAGCGUAACCAUACAACUUCACCCUACGAGCGCGCUAUACGGUCUUGGUUACCUUCCCGACUAUGUGGUAUACCACGAAUUGAUUCUGACGAGCAAGGAGUAUAUGUCUACCGUUACGUCUGUGGACCCUAGGUGGCUUGCGGACCUAGGUGGAGUCUUCUACUCGAUAAAAGAAAAAGGUUACUCGGCCCGUGAGCGCCGUGUGACGGAGCAUGAAUUCAACAGGCGGAUGGAAAUCGAGGCACAGAUGGCUGCUGAUCGCGAACGUGCAGCUGAGCAAAAACGGAAAGCUGCUGAAGAGGAUACACUGCGACGGAAACAGGAUGCGGAAGGUAGCUCUGCUCAUGUAGGGAUGAAACCUGUAGUAAAACUGCCUACCUCUGCAGCGACAGCAGUGAUGAAGCCUGGACCUUAUGUCCCGGCUGGGGCUUUGGUUAGAAGACCCAUUAUGAGGAGAGGGCCGAGGGGUUUUUAAUGUUAGUUUCUCGCUUUAUAAACAUAUAACAGCAGUGAUGCUGGUUAGAUUUAAAUUCG